AUAAACAAGAUAACCACGUGAUAUAAUUGGCGGAGACAUGAAAAGACUAAAGUUUUGCUGGGGGAAAGUGUUAUGUUCGGUGAUUAGUUAGAUAAUCUCUCUCAUUAUCCAAAUGGCAAUAAUAUUUUAAAACAUUGUGAUUGGAUUGUGACAAAAGAAUUCUGAAGGUUCGUCAUGGUUCAAUGGACACAGGUAUUUUAAGAUGAACAUCAUCUAAAGAUUUGGAACUGAUAAUCCUGUAGUCUGAAUAAUUUUGGAAUUGAAUGAAUUUACACUAAAAAAUGACGGAAAUGGAGCUGGGCAGAAGGUACUCUGGUGGAAGGUUUACGUUGAAAGAUGAUGAUUUUGAGUUUGAUUUCAACGACAUCAGUAGAGCUUCUACGCCUAUGAGUAUAAAGAGUGCAAAAUCUGAAGGUCGAAGGAGAGAACGCUCUAGUCAUUCAAUAGAGGAUUACAAAAGGAAAAUUGCCCGACUCAAAAGUGAAUUAGAAAUGGAGAAGGCACGUAAUAAACAGGUUCAUAAGGAAAAAACCUCAGAAAUUAAAACUAUACAAAGCAAACUGGAAAAGGAAAAAGAAGAUCAGAUUCAUCAUUUAGAGGAUAAGUUAAUUCAAGAAAAAAGGAGAGAGGUGGAAAUUUUACAAGAUUCUAUAAUAAAGUCUAAAGACCGUGAAUUAAAACAGGUGUUAAGGUACAAGGAAGAUGAAGUGUCAUCGUUAAAAGCCAAAGUUGAAAAAGAUAUUCAGACUGCUGUGAAAAUGUCAAAAGAAGAAGAAAAAAGCAGAUAUGAAGAAACUUUGAGAGAAAUGGCAGCCGAGAACCAGAGGUUGAAAGACGAAAGGGGAAAAUUGGAAGAAAAACUUCGCAAAAAAGCAGUGGAAGAAAACAAAAAGGAGAAAGAAUUUACUGAGAUUAAGGAUGGAUAUGAUGCUGAAUUAAGAAAAAUUUUGGAUGAAUCUAGAAAACUAGCAAUUGUGAAUUUACAAAAAUUGAAAAAGGCUGAAAAAGCCUUAAGUGAAGGUGGUUUUGCAGAAGACGAUAGUGUCUGCUCAACACCUUUUUCGGAUAUAUUAAGUCAUCACUCACGUAGAGCCCCCAGUAGAACUUUAGCUCAGAAAUUAGAGGAAAUUAGAGUGGACGAAUUGGAAUUAGAAAAAUAUUUAGCAUCAGCAAAUCCAUCUCCGGCAUUUUCAUUGUCUAAUCCAUCCCCAGCAUUAUCGUUACGUAAUCCCUCACCAGGAUUUUCAUUAAACAAGACAUACUCCAUGGACUCUGCAUUUAGUCUUCCAAGUAAAUCUCCCGCCAUGUUUAGUUCUUCAGGAGGGGAUGAAGAAAGUCAGAAAGAGAAUCGUAAACUUUCGGAAGAUAAAGACAGACAUCUUCAAAAGAGGGUAUCAGAACUACAGACACAAGUACAACGACUGGAGAGAAAGAUAUCAUUACUCAACAAUGAAAAUGAAUCAAUAAAAAAGCGUCAGGAUGAAAAAAAACCAUUAGAAGAAAAAAUAAAAACACUGAAGAAAAGAAAUGCUGAACUUGCAGCAAUUGCGCGUCGCUUGGAAGAAAAGGCCAAACAUUUACAACAGGAAAAUAUUAAGAAAGUCAAAGAAGAUGGUCAUGGCCAUCCAGAAACGGACCAUUUGAAGAAAAUGUUUGCCCGCCAACGUGCCAAAGACCUUUCGGAGCAUGCUAAAGCCAUGCUAGCCAAAGACAGGGAGAUUGAGGACCUACGCAAAAAAUGUCAGGAAUUGGCCGAUCAACUAAGCAAUGCUGAAUUUCUUGGUCCUGAGAAUGUACAGAUGUAUGAAGAGAAAGAAGAAUUAAUUAGUAUUAUCAAACAGGCAGCAAAAGAGAGAUUAACCAUGGAGAAACAGAUUGCUAAAAUCAAACCAAAUGUACAGGCAGACACUAAACGUUUAAAAGAGCUUGAAUCAGUUAAUGAAGCAUUACAAAACGAGGUUGUCAAAUUAUCAAAAGCUAAAGAGGAAACAGAGAGACUUGAAAUAGAAUUUACACAGAAAAAGAUUGAAUGUGAAAGAUUGAACAAAGAAAUAGAAAGAGAAAGAGCAAGAAGUAGAAAUUUGGAAGCAGAUUUGCAAGAGAGUGCUACACAGAAUACAGAAUUAACGAUACAAGUGUCAGAUCUCACCCAUAGAUUGGCUGACUUAGAGAAGGUCAGUGAAGAAUGUAACCUCUUACGACUGAAUCUUACUGAAGCUCAACGAGAAUGUGAGCAAGCCAAAAAUGAACGAAAUCGUCUUCAAAAGCAGGUUAAAGAGUUAGAAGACACAGUCAAGAAUCUCAAAGACACAGCAGAACAGUUCACACAGUUGGAACAUGAUCAUCAAAAAACAGUGCAGAAAUUACAAGAAAAACAGACACACUAUGACCAGUUACAGCAGGCACAUGAUCAAACUAAAAAAGAUUAUGAAGAUGCUUUGAGUAAAUUACAGGGUCGAGUCAGUAAUUUACAAGAUCAGUGCCAAAAACAGGAAGAACGGCAUCGAGUUCUAACAGAAGAAUUAGAACAAUUACGAGCUGCAACAAAGUCAGUUAAAAAUAGUCCUCGAAAUAAAUCUCAUAAUACGUCAUCAUCAACAACUCAUAAUAAAUCAGAUUCAUUUAGUUCAUCAGCAUACGAUUCACAGAAACACACAGAAAACAAUGAUACAAAUAUUAUAGAAUCAUCAAAAUCUUUAGAUACAGGUUUUGCAGACGACGAUGAAGUAGAAUUGUCCAAUGGUCUUUCCCCAGACCAGGGCAAGGUCAACCAAUCAGAUUUAGCCAACCAAUCAGAUCUGAAUGAAGAUCCAGAAUUAAACGAAAUCGCAAAGAAACUGAAAGAGUUAGAGGCUUCCUCAGAUUCCGAGGAGGAAGUGAUCUCACAGGAAGUGAUUUCAGAGGAAGUUAUCGUCCCUAUUGAAGAUAAAGGUGAGGACUCGGGGAUGGAGAGUAACUUUGAUAGAAAGUCAAAAGACGAUUUUAUGGCAGAGGAUAGAACAGCCAUGUUGGAGAAGAAAGGUCCAAUUACAGUUUAUAUUGCUAAAUAUACCUACGAUCCUUAUCAACACUCGCCAAAUGAUAAUCCUGAUGCAGAACUAGCACUUAGCUCAGGGGACUAUGUCUUAGUAUAUGGAGACAUGGAUGAGGAUGGAUUCUUUGAAGCAGAGUUGAUGGAUGGAAGACGAGGUCUGGUGCCGUCCAACUUUAUAGAAAAAUUGUCAGAUGAUGACCUAUCAGAAUUUCAUGCAAUAAUGUCAGGAAAUAAUCCUCAGGAGCAUGACGAUGAUAGUACUGCAGCUAAUAGUCUCCAGCAAGAACUAGACUUUGAUAGUAGUGAAGAAACAGAUACAAAGUCAGCUAAAAAUUCAAAAAGUAAGAGUCCUGUAUUAGAAGAUUUAAGUGUACAGAAAUCAGAAAUAUCUAGUCAUAUAGAUAGUACAGUAGAUGAUACCGUAAUUCCUUUUCCGAAACAUUUGGUGCUUGAACGUCAGUUGGGUAGUAGUGUUGUUAUAACCUGGCAGCCACCAGAUGGCGUUGCUCCACAGGAUGUGAGAGUAUAUCAUGUCUGUCUAGAUGGGAAGGUUAUCAUCACUGUGAAAGGAAAUGAAAGAACAAAGUCUCUGAUAGAGAAUGUUGAUUGUAAUCAGGUUCAUCGAGUCAGUGUUCGAUGUCUUUCCAGUAAAGGAUUGUCAUUAGAUAAUCAGGCUACUCUUUUGAUAGGAAAAGAUUGCAGUCUUCAUCAAUGUAUUGAUACUGGAUUGUUUGAUGGCGCUACUGAAAAUCUAUUUAUAGAGAAUGGGGAUGCUGUUCCUGCACCUAGUCAGCUGAUCGCUAGCAACAUCACUCCUAACUCUGCUACAUUGACCUGGUUGCCUGGCAACAGUAACUUUCAGCACUGCAUAUCAUUGAAUGGAAAUGAAGUGAGGGUCGUGAAAGGGUCAAUCUGCAGUUACAAUUUAACAGGUUUGGAAGCUGGUACUGAACACACAGUUACUAUAACAGCUAGAAAUCCAUUGGGUGAAAAGACAAAGGGUCACCAGUCAGCAUUUGUUGAAUUUAAAACUCUUAAAGGAGGAAUGCCUGAACCCCCCAUUAAUGUUCAAGUGGAGGCUGGUCCUCGGGAAGGGUCAUUACUCUUGACGUGGCUCCCAGUAACAUUAGAACCCUCAGGAUUUUCAAAUGGUGCUCUGGUUAAAGGUUAUGUUGUGUAUGCUGAUGGUCAACGUACCAAAGAAGCCAAAGGAGCAACAAAUGAUCAUAUGAUACUGAAUGCUAGUGAUUUUCGAGGAUUUAUUCCACGUAAUUUAGUGGUACGAACUGUUAACACAGAUAAUCAGGAGUCUGCCGAUUCAGAAGUCGUCAAACUUCCACAUUCCCUGAUUAGUGAAAUAACAGACAGUGCUGCUAAAGAACUUGUAUCAAAAGACAAGUCUAAAAAAACACCUUCUGCCUCCAAGGAAAGACAACCCAGUAUAGACCAGGAAAUUCAAAAAGCAGUAGAGGUAGUUACAGAAAAUGAAGUUGCUAUGAGUCCUUCCAAUGUUUAUGAAGCUGACUUUAUAGAAUCAUCGAGCAACUCAGAGCUUUCUGACAUUCCUGAAGUGGAGGAGGAUUCAAUAGAGGAAGCCAAUGGGAGCUCUAUACAAGAUGAACAAAGCUCCUCAUUGGUCUUUCCAAAUCAUGACACACCAGUACAGGAUCUAAAUGAGGAUGAUAGUUCCACACCAAGGUCCACAUCCACACCGAGGGCUAUCCAUAAGCCUUCCCAGCCGUCAUCAACAGCUCCUCCUACAAUUAAAGUAGAUCUAGCCACCAAAGAUAGGUCUCGUGCCUCACCAAAAAUGAAAAUUCCAGCUAUAGAAAUAACCAGGGACAGUAGCUCAGAAAGAGGAAAUUCAUUGGAUGUAUCCGAGGAUGAAACAGACCUUGAUAUUAGUUCAAAGGGUAACAGCCCUAGCAAAAAACAACAUGAAUCUCCGAAAGCUACAAAACAAUCUCCAAGAGUUAAAAGUGAUAUUGAUCAUGUUGAUAGUGAAAGUACUUCAAAUAUGGAUAGUAAAUUUGGUGACGAAAAUAUCAGAAAAAGUGAGGAUAAAAAUAGACAACCUAGUGAUCACUCUCAGACAAACGGUUAUCAAAGUUUAGACAGUAGUUUUGAUAGCAGUCGGACUAUAACGAGUAAAAAUAAUUCACCACGUUCAAUUUCAAAUACGCCUAGAAAACAACCUUCAAAUGGGACACAAAGUGGUCAUGAUGCAAACGCUAAUAAGGUGAUAAGGGAAAAUAGUCCAGUACGGACGGUAAAACGUGAUGAUAUUCCACCACUGGAUUUAAACGGGUGUGAUGACAGAAGUGACGUUGAUUCUAUCAGUGGAGAAAUAAAUCCACCGAUUGAUGAUAAUCGUGUACGAUUAUUUGUGGCAUUAUUUGAUUACGAUCCAGAAUCAAUGUCUCCGAAUACAGAUGCAUUAGAUGAAGAACUUCCAUUUAAGGAAGGGCAGAUAAUAAAGAUAUUUGGUGAUAAAGAUGCUGACGGGUUUUAUCGCGGAGAAUCUAAUGGCAGAGUAGGUUAUGUCCCCUGUAACAUGGUUUCUGAAGUUCAGGUAGAUGAUGACGAAUUAGCUGACCAACUGCUUAAAGAGAGUCAAGGAACUACAUUUAAUAUCAAUGCUCAAUUAAUAGGUAAUGAUCAUUUUAUCAAGCCAGUAAAAAGUUCUGAUGAACUGUCGACUAGUCCCAGUAGUAUGUUACCAGUCUACGAUUCUGAUAACAUGAGGCGUAUGGUAGCUUUGUAUGAUUACGACCCACAGGAACUCUCACCCAAUGUAGAUGCAGAGGUUGAACUUUCAUUUAAAGUAGGGGACAUAAUUAUGGUUUAUGGUGAAAUGGAUGAUGACGGCUUCUUCAUGGGCGAACACAAUGGAAGGCGAGGCCUCGUUCCUUCUAACUUCCUCCAGGAGGCGCCACUUACAGACGAUGAAGCCAUGGAGAGUGCUAGCGUUGUAUCACCCGCCAGGUCAGGAGAAAGUCUCGCCACUCUGUCUCGCCAGUCAGAUACACAGACACAGAGGGUGGGAUCACAUGCCACAGUGGAGCCUCUACCACAGGAUAGGUUAGAUAACUCUAAUCAGAAAACUGAUUCCCGGUCUACUACACCAGAUGAAGUCAAGCAAAAACGCAAAGGAAGCAGCUUCUUAUCAAAAGGAAAAAAUAUUUUCAAAAAGUUGACAAGAUAACAUACACAAAAAUAUAUAGAUAGUUUCAUGUACAUCUUCAACCCAGUGUAAUUAUUAAAUGAAAACAAAAAUAUAUUCUAAAGAAAAGAAUGUAAUAAAAAUUUAAAACAAUAGUACAUUUGCCUCGAAAAAAUCUCUGUGCAUUAAAAAUGCAUACAAAAAAUUUAAGAAAUUUUUUUUUGAUUUGAUAAUGAAAUAACAAAGAAAAGAUGUUGUUUUAACUAUAAAUUCCAUACACUAUUUCAUUUGAUUUACAAAGAAACUUAAAUACAUAAGUAUGAGGUCAUUUUCAUUUUAAUUAUUUUGAAGGGUGCUGUACUGCUAAAUAAUAUUUUAAAAGCUGAUUUUACAUUCUACAUGAAUAAUUUACCUAACGGUAAAAUGAAUCAAUGUAAAUGUUGUCAUCACUGAAGAGAUAUUUCUUGUGGUGAUGUGCCUCUGGUGCAGUAAAGCUGGUACCAUUAAUGUCUUUGUUAAAGAGAAACAGCACACAGUACCCAAAUAUCUUUUUUACAUUACACUGGGUUGAUUCUGAGAUUUACUACAGAGCUUUCAUUGGAAAUUAUUUACUGUAAAUUUAACAUUUGUAAAAGUUAGGUUAUUUAUUAAGGCUAUAAGUUUUUCUUUGUAUUAAUUUGCUCAGCCUUUUUUUUUAAGUUGCUAAAACUUUGAAACACAUAUAUCAUGUAUAAUAGGCUGUACUAAGGAAGAAAUUUGGUGAACUCUUAAAAUUUAUUAGAUAUUUUUAAAAGCUGAGGAAAGAAAAUCAUGUUAUUUUUGUAUGUUAUAAAUUAUAAGGUUUGACAACAAAUGAAUUUUUUCAGUAUUUUGUUGCCAAAAAAUAGAUAAUCAAAAUUAUGUUUACAUAACUGUGUUGUGAACUGUCAAGGUUGUGAUAUAAUUUAUUUAUUUAUAAGAAAAAUAUUUUUUUCUUCAGUCACAUUCCUCAUUCGAAUUGAAAGAUUUUAUUUUCACCAACUUACACAUGUAUUAAGAAAAAUGGGAAAUGUUUUUUUGUCUUGCCUUUGAGGAACAAAUGAGCCUAUAUUGGGUAUCCUAGAUCUGUUUCUGAAAUAUACAUCUUUAAUGGAUGUACAUUUGGAAGAGAACAAAACUAUAGUACAGUGUGGACUAUAAGGUUAAAUCUACAAAAAUUUAGGCCACAAAUUUUUCACUUUUUUUUUCUAAAGUAGCAAAAUUAUUGAAAUUAUUCCCUUUAGAAUAUAAUAAGAAUUAGUGAAUAUGUUUUUUUUUAACCAAAAUAUGUUUUAAUUACAAUCAAAUCAAUUUCAAUUGAUUUAAAUAUUCAAUAAGUCUCAUAAUAUAGGAUGCUGGGAUGUCAUUCUACUUCAAACUAACAAAGUAUUGGCCAUCCUGCUGCAUCCCAAAAUAAAAAGUUAGCUUGAGUCAACAAAGAUUUUUUUGACAUGGCCUUGAUGUAUUUUGUUAUGGUGCUAAGUCAAUUCAUUGUAAAUUUGUGUAUAUGUUUAUUUAUUCAUUUGACAAGUCUGAUAUUAGUCUUAAUUUUUUCCAAAAACUAUUUUCAUACUGUCCAGCAUUCCGAUUCUUCUCUUUUAAGAUGUAAAUUACUGGUAUUUGUUUGUUUAGGAUUUUUAAAUUAUAAUUAUACAUAUUUCUUGUAUGUUUGAUUGGGAAAUGAGAAAACUAGAAAAUCAAAAUAAAUUGAUAAGUAUAAAAGGUAGAAAGCUUAAUUUGAUUUUCUUUUUCUUUUUUUUCGGUUUUCUUAUUUGAGAAAUCCUGCUUUACUGAUCAAACUGUAUAGAGUUAUCUUUGACAAAAAUAAUGGCAUUUUAUAGACCGGUUUGCAUUUUUAUUUAGCAAAGGACUAGAAAAUCCUGUUAUGUAGCAUUAUAAAAUAUUUUGCUAGUACAGUAAAUGUGAUAUGGGAGUUAGCUCCCUUGUUUGAAGACACACAUUGCUUAAGCUCCCUACUUUCAAGAUAUAUUGUGAGUUAGCUCCUGUCCAAAAGCUAUCUGGCUAGUAUUGUAACUGUGAUACAUGAAUUAGCUCUAUUCAAAAUCACGUUGUGGGUUACUUCCCUUAUUCAGUUCAGACCAAACUGCAUUUGUUGGCAUUUUUAUUUGUAAUCAUCUGUUCAAAUCUUGACAGUCUCUGUUACAUUCUCCUCAGAUGAAACUUUAUCAUUAUCUAUGGAAAGCUAGGUUCUAAUCAUCUUAAUUAUUUUGACCUUUAAAAAUGCACUUAAAUUCAACAGUGUUUCCUUCAAAUUUUGAUUAACAAUUGGUCAGUAUUUCUACUAAGGCAGAUAUCAAUUUGGUUAACUGGACACAUUAUACUAAAAUUAUACCUUAAGUAUUGGGGAAAACAAUACAGCUUGAUGUUACAGUUUUAUUCCUGAAUAAUUAUUUCGAAAAGAUUCAUCAAUGUGUCAGAGAUUUCGAGAUAUUUUUCGAUAAUAUUCGUUACAUGUAUGAUAUAUCAUUAGAUCAGUAUCACAUGAUUAGAUAUUUAUAUGCUGUUGACAACGCUAUAUUAGUUUGACGUCUAUAUUAACAUUUUGUUAGGUAUACCCUUCGGCAAAUAUAUCUCCUGGUACAGUAUUAUGUUUAAACGUAUAUGCCAAAAUUGUACAUUAUUUUACGUUGGUGCAAGGGCCUUUUAUUUCAAGUGGAAAUUUUUAGUAAUUUACGUCCAGAAAAUAUAAACUCAAAUGAAAAAUACUUCCAAAUUAUUUUUCAAAUUAUAGGAAAAACUAUAUAGUGCCUAAUGUUGAAAUUUAGGAGGUUUAUUAGUUUCAAGUUUUAAGGGCCAGACAGGGAUAAUUAGAUGUAAGGGUUUUUUUCUAUUUUUUUGUUUUUUACUGAUGUACAUACCAUGUUCCUACUUUUGCCAAACAUUAUAGUAACUCUUCCAAACAAUUUUUUUAUUUUUCUGCCAGUAGGUUUAAUUUGCCGAAGGUACCACAAAGAUGACUGUGAUGGCAUUUAUUAUAGGUUGUAUUGUAUAGGACUUGCCAUAAAAGUGUAUGAAAGUUGUGUGUGUACAUGUGUGAGCGCCUUAUGUGUUGUGUAUAAGCCUGUAUAACAGUAUUCUGUUAUGUAUUGUGAUAUUUAACAUCCAUUCAAAUAUCAUAAAUUAUUUUGAUAUGUUUA